AGUCACCAGCUACGCGCCACCACUCGCUCGAGGCGAUAAGGCCAUCCAUCAUCGGCGAGAUGCCGAGACCACACGCUCUGAAACACCACACUACGAGAGAGCUCGUCGCCGUCGGCAACGGUGAGACCACUGACCGCUUGGGGGUUAGACAAUGGCGGCCUUACUCCACCAAGCGGCUCUCCCGGCCGCGAAACCACCCCGUCGUCCAUGGGCGCUUAACACCACGCCCAGCCUCAGCCUCUGCCCGCCGCUCUCCAGGCGGCGACGCGCCGCCCACCCAACCGUCCGCUCGGCAGCCACGGACAGCAGCAUCGGCGCCGGCGCGGCGCCGGCCGAGAGGAAGGCCACCCGGAAGGAGAAGCAGCAGGAGCGGCGGCGGCAGCAGGACCUGCAGCACCGGCAGCAGCAGCUGCUGCUGAUGGAGGAAGCCAAGCCCGACGGCCGCAGCAGCGGCGAAAAGCACGCCGCCGCCGCCGGCGGCGGCGACGACGACGACGAGGAGCUGCCGCAGCCGGUGUUCGACCGCAUCCUGCGCCGGAUCAUGUUCGCGGUGUGCGUGCCCAUGGCGUCGGGCGUGGCGCUGCUCAACGCGUACGACGCGCUCAAGCGCGGGCAGGGGGUGGACGUGCCGGCGUGGGUGCCGCUGCUGACCAUCCUCGUCGCCUUCGGCACGUCGGCGCUGGGCAUCGCCUACGGCACGCUGUCGGCGAGCUGGGACCCCGACAGGGAAGGCUCGCUGCUCGGCAUCGACGAGGCCCGGGCCAACUGGCCCGUGCUGUGGAAGGAAGAGAUCGACAAGGAGAAGGCCAAGGCCAAGCAGAGGAAGAAAUGACCGGCCUGGUCGCCUGGAAACACUGCGAACCUUGCUACUGAUAAUUGUAAUAUUCAGUGUGGUAUAGUUUCAUCCAACCUUUCAGUAUAUCAAAGGCAAUGAAUUGUAGUAGUUGAGUAAUCCACACUUUGCAAGUAGUCUUAUUUAA